GUCUCUUUAUUUAGCUGUUCCGGUUGCAGGUUUUCUCGUUUGGUAGGAUAUCCUUCCACUGGGCUGUGUAUAUUCGUUUUAAAAAAAGGACUUCCUCAUUCCGCGAGCGGUGGACCCAAAACGGCACUAAACAAAACGUGAACACAUGACGGCUCAAUUCAAUUGCUGCGAAAAGAAAAUAAAAUUACCAAUUCUGCUGCAACCAUGCCGGUCUCGGGUCUCAAUCUUAAAUUGACCAUGGCUUCUCCCUUCAGCAUCAACUCUUGCAAACUGGUGCGCCACAUCCCCACCGCCACCACUCCCCCACCACCACUAACCCCAACACGCACUAAUUGCACGAGGAAAACACUCUGCGCAUACUUCCCCCCCGCGGCGCACGUUAUCUCUCUCCCUGGUUAUAAUAGAAACCCUCCUUUCCUUUUUACAAUGUUUCGUGGCCGCAAAACUCGCUUCUCCUCUUCUACUCCCACUCCUUCGCCCCCCCUUAAUAAAGCCGGCUUUCCCGGGUCAAAUCUAAACCCCAAUCAUCCUUCCGGGUCCGGUGCAGUCGCAGACAUGGAUCCGGAUAACGAUAAGACCGUUCAUGGUGGAGAUUGGUACGGUAAACCAACGCCGUCACCGUCAUUGCAUCAACGACAGCAACAACAACCACCGUCUUCUAAGUUGCUGACGUUGCCUACUAUCUUAACCCUUGGUCGCGUUGCCGCCGUGCCGCUCCUUAUUGGCACCUUUCAUGUUGAUAGUUGGUGGGGAAGGACAGCGACGACAAGUAUUUUUAUUGUUGCUGCAAUCACAGAUUGGCUUGAUGGUUACCUUGCUCGCAAGAUGAGAUUGGGCUCGACUUUUGGUGCAUUUUUGGAUCCAGUAGCCGAUAAGCUCAUGGUUGCUGCAACAUUGGUCUUAUUGUGUACGAGACCUUUGGAAAUAUCAGCAUUUGGGGAAGUUCCAUGGCUAUUGCCUGUGCCUGCAAUUGUAAUAAUUGGUAGAGAGAUAACCAUGUCUGCUGUUAGAGAAUGGGCUGCUUCUCAGAAUGUUAAGCUUUUAGAGGCUGUUGCGGUAAAUAAACUGGGCAAGUGGAAAACUGCAACACAGAUGAUUGCACUAACCAUCCUUCUAGCCACUCGAGAUAGCAGUCUUGGGGAGCCCUUGUAUCUUGUAGGUUCUGGUGUUGCUUUGCUUUAUCUCUCAGCAGGGCUUUCCUUGUGGUCUUUAGCUGUGUAUAUGGGGAAGAUAUCAAAAGUGUUGCUCAAGUAGUUCAGUUGACUCUCUGCUUUAUACUAGCUAUCAUAUAACCCUAAACCCUAGGUUUGUGCAGAGGUGCUUGAGGUAUUUCCAAAACCGUUUCUAUCAUUGUCUUUCCACAUUGAAGCAGGGUUCUCUUCUGAUAAGCAUCAAGGGGAAAAAAAAGUUCUUUUCCACAGUUUGUGCAUAUAUUAGUUACUUCAAAGUACAGAUACAGUUUGAAAUCUCUGAUUCUUCCCUCAAUUUCGAGGAGUCUAAUUGUGUAGCUGUCAAAACAAGUUAGUUUCACCAUCUCUAUUUUCAUGUUCUUAUCCAAUGGGUGGUUCCAUUGUUGGAGAGAAUUUGAGGGCAUACUGGGUGCAAGAAGCGCAUUGUAGGUAGUAAUUUUACCUAAAAUGCAGAAUUGGAGUUGAAAGAAUUUGUUCUAGCUGAAUAUAGGAAGUGAUAAACUUAAAUACCAUCGAUAAAUCUAACAACUUUAGAUUAUUUUUUUAGAUAUAUUGGGAGUUCCUGAUACACAAAUACGAGGCUGAUUGUGAUUUUAUAGGACUUUCAUUUCUUAUUGUAUUUAUUAAGCACAUUCUCCCUGGUUAGCAAAGGAAUCUUUUAUAUGAGUGUUACAACUGAGAUUAUGUUGCUAGUUUAUUGAAUUCAGGGUUGGAUUCAAGUUGAGGUGAGCUCGAGCUCACCAAACUCCUCUCAAGAUUGUUCAAGCUUGGCUCGCAUGAACCCAAUGUUUGGUUAAAUAUUUUUGGAAACAUUUGUCUAGAUAAUUUAUAUGCAGAGCAGGUUUCAUCAUUGUUAUGGUAGAGGUCCGAAAUCUUUCAUUUGGAUCACGCAGACUUGGGCUAAGCCUGCAAAAGAGAUACAUCAAGAAAGGAGAUCAUCUACUUUGUCAUCUCUUUAUCCUAACAUUUGCCAACAUUUAUGAGAAAGUAGCAUGAAUUCUCCCUCGGCCACCUCAAAAAGCUCAAUUAGAUGAUAUCUCAACAAACUUAUUUGUAUAAACUGAAGUAAUGGUUUGUGACUGGGUACCACUUCAGUUUUAUAUAAGUUUAUAUAUAUAGUAUUAUUCAUCUACGAGAAUAUGAAAACAGGCAAAAAUUCUAGUUUAUUUAGUAUUUGCAAAACUCUUAUGAUAGAAUGAACUGAUUACUGCAUUGUUUUAUGUCA